AUGGCUUUGUUUUCAAUCUGGAAGUCAACCUUUCGACAAGCAAACCCCAAAAUUGUAGUUUCUCGGCGAGAUUGUGGGAGAUGUGCUGUGCACCGAUCUGCGGACCUUCGAUGUGCUGCCCACCAGCUGGUCGUGCGCCACUGCAGCCACUGCAUCCGUCGACGGUCUACCAGUGCUGUCCGUCCGCCAAGUGCACACUGUGCUGCCACAACGAGUCGAAGCACGAUUGCCACUGCACCUGCCAGCGCAACAGGCACAUUGUGGAGGCGUUCAGCUGCCUGUUCCGGGUGAGCAAGUUCCAGAUCCUGACCACGCUCUUCCUACUCGCCUACCACGAGAGUAGGCCACUGCCGCGCUACCCGCGCGACCGCACCUGGUCGGUGAUGGAGAACGUGAAGGCGCCGUACACGGAGCUGCACGACCUGAGGAUCUACGACAGCAUGUUCGAUCGCUGUGGCCACCGCAUCGAUCCGCUGGACCGCAGGAACACGUACAAGCUGUUGCGCCUGAUCUUUCUCGGCCCGGUGCUGGUGGCGGAGCAGCGCACCCAGCUGCUGGCCAUGUUGUACAAGCUGAAUGCCCGUGCCGCCUGUCCCGUGGAUCUCGGUGGCCUGCUGUCGGUGCUGCAGCAUGUGAAGCUGGACGAGCUGGUGUGCGGCAUCUUGGAGCAGGACGGACGCACGAAGCGCUUCCACAGCGGGCGGCAGUGCAUGGAGCUGUGCAAUCUGUACCAGAAAGUGGUCGCCACGGACAAGGAUGCGGUGAUCAAGAAGCGUCGCCGGCGCAAGGCCAAGUCCAAGAGCAAGGAUGCGGAUGCACAGAAGAAGCCGCGCCGCACCAUCACCGCGCAGAUCUACUGCACCCGUCGCGUUCCGGAACCGGAUGACAUGAGCUCACGCAACGAGGGCACAACGCCCAUCGUUCGCAGCACCGCCACCUCCUUGCGCCACUCCUCCAACAGGAAGAGCUGGGCGCCGGCCAAUCGGAGCAGCGCCAAUGCCUCGGAGAAGGGAUCUCGCCGCGGCUCACGCAACUCCGCGGGCUCGCCGAAGAGGAACAAGCCGGAGGGAGUGCGAAUGCAGGGCGGCGAUCGAUAGAGCACCAAGUGUCCCCCAUCUGUCUUUAAUCUCGGUCCAUCGUCAUUUACUAAA